AUGGUAUACGAAAAGUGUUGUGUUGGUGGUUGCAAUACAACACGUGAAACGCACCGGCUUUUCAGAUUCCCUAGGAACGAUAAUUUAAGGAACUUGUGGAUGGCUUUCAUAGUGCCGACAAAUCCCCAGCUCAUUGUACUUUCCAAAGAACAGUUACUUAACAAACGUGUCUGUGAAAAACAUUUUGAUGUAUUUCAGUUCGGCAAUGAAGGCAGAAGACUUCGAUACUCUUACCCGUCCUUGCUUACUGACAAUGAAAUAGCUCAUGGUGUGCCUCUGACUGCAACUGGAUGGGAUGUCACAACUGAACAUAAUUACUGUAAAGAGCAAAAUGAAGAUGAUUUCACAGAAGCUGUGUUAGUGGUUAGAAAGCCUGGAAGUGAUGUUACGAUUGAACACAAUUACUACAAAGAGCAAAAUGAUUGUUCCAAAUCAUCGGUAGAGAUUGGAUCGUCAGAUGUUGGAAAUUCUCAUGAACAGCCUUCAUGUUCAAAUUUUUCAACUGUUGCAACAGUUGUUGAAAAUAAAGGAAUUGAUUCUAAUGCUAAUGUGGUGAAACAAAUGAUGCCAAAAGGUAGCACAUGUACAAAAAAGCAAACAGAUGUUGUAGGUUCUCAUGAACAGCCUUCAUGUUCAAAUUUUUCAACUGUUGCAACAGUUGUAGAAAAUAAAGGAAUUGAUUCUAAUACUAAUGUGGUGAAACAAAUGAUGCCAAAAGGUAGCACAUGUACAAAAAAGCAAACAGGUUACAUGGCGAAGAAAAUAGUAUCAAGGAAAAGAAAAUUGAAACAGAAAUCUAAUGCUGAUGUGGUGAGACAAAUGUUGACAGAAGAUACAAAAUGUACACAUUGGCAAAAAGGUUACGUGGUGUAG